UCAAUAUUUUUUCUUGAUAACAAAAUAUGUUUAUGCAUGUACCUAGUCGAAUAGGAAGAUGCAUAGUAAUUACAAAAGUAUUUUUAACAAACCACAUUACCAUCAGAUGAUGAUAAUAGUGUUAUAACUAUUUUUUUAUUGUUUCUAUAGUGUCGCAUUCGGUUUGAUGUUAUUAGGUGCGUGACCAUGAAGGUCCUGGUUUUUUGUUUUGUCAUUUUGGCAUCAGCGUUAGUGAAUAUUGAUGGAAAAGUGUAUACGAAGUGUGGAUUGACGCAGGAAUUGUUACGUAUUGGAUUUAGCAGAUCUUUGGUAGGAAAUUGGGUGUGCUUGAUUGAAAGCGAAAGUGGCAGGAACACGGCGAAGCAAACGCAAAAAGCAAACGGAGGAACUGCCUUGGGACUUUUUCAAAUAAACAGCAAGGAAUGGUGUAAAUAUGGUUCUCCAGGUGGAAAAUGUAAUAUGAAAUGCGAAGAUCUAACUAACGAAGACAUACGAGAUGAUUCGAGCUGCGCCCAGAAAAUACUAUCGCAAUUGGGUUUCAAUGGGUGGGAUGGAUGGAAAAGGAGUUGCUACGGACGUACAUACCCAUCAACCAUCACUAGUGCAUGCGCAAAAUAAUAUUCAGUCAUAAUUUUACUAAAUACAUGGGUUUUGCUAUAAACAUUUUGGAACUUUGUACCUAUUAUUAAAGGGGUAUCAUAAUAACCAAUGUUUUUGUUCGGGGAUACCUAAUAUGCUUUUUAAAAAAUAGGAUG